AUGCCAUGGGUUGAUAACAUGGCCGUGAUUAUCGCGACGGAGACCGCACGCCGCAAGUCCGACGAGCAGAGCAUAGAGGGUCUUGUGGAUACAAUCCAGGGUCAUAUCACAGUAGAAGGUGCAUUGAGGUUCAGCCAACGCGAGGUUUCAGUCCAAUCCGGUGCGUUUCAGACUCUCGAUGCUGAGAAAGGAGACCAAGAGCUCCGUUGA